AUGACAACAGCGUCGAUGGAGCAAGUGGGCUCGGGGCUCAAGCAAUGGCUCGCUUGCUUGACAUGUAUCUGGCAUCAGGGCGAUGAGCAGGCUCAUGAGCGUCCUGCUGCUGAUAUGGGAGUCGCGCGAGAGAUGAAACUAUGUCACGAUCAACCUCAUCUUGUCCCGCCAAUGAAGCUUGUCUUUUAUGAUGACCUUCCAGGCCCAGGUCGCUCUCGUUCAUCAAGCAUAUCUCAUUGGGUUUCUGAGGGCUGGACCCUCGCAUCCAAAGCAACCGAUCGAGUAUCUACCGGAAGGAAAUCCACCAAGCGCAGCUCCCACACUCCCACAAUCAGCGGCCCUUCGGACUUCAGAAGACUUAACCCUCCCACUUCUCGCCUUGAACCUUUCCGUCCCCUAGAACUCAGCAUCUAUCAGCCAGGGAAUCGACUAUCAGAUCUACCGGAGUUCGACGUAUUCGAUAUUAACAUCCCUAACAAGUUUGAAUCGUCUGGCCCCAAACCACCACCGAAGGUCUUCUCGCCUCUCGAUAGUUCCUCCAUUCAUAGCGCUCCCGUACCGUCGUUCAAGGUCCCUAGAAAGCCAGUUGGUUCCAUAUCACGCAGGCCACUGUCAGUCAGCGACCGCAUCGAAGUGCACGACCAUCGACCUCAACCUCCUGAGCGUAUUCUCGACCCUGCUCCGGGGAUUUCUGCAGACAAUAUUAAGGCUCGCAACAAUACUCAUGCGCGGCAGUCACGAACAGAAAGUGAGCCGCUGAAUGCUAACAAUAGCCUCAUAAUUGAACAUGAGAAACAGCCACCCGUCACAAGCAGUUCAACGGAGAUGGGCGACUUACCAUUCCCCUCUCCGCCAGUAAAUACUAUCGGAAUGGAAUCGCAGAUAGACCUUAUCUCGUUCAACGGCCAACCAAAAAAGAGAAGCAACCCCCGAUCUCAUAAAGUCGCCCAAUGGCUCUUCCCCAAACCUCCAUCCUCUACCUCAGAUCCAACAUCCCAAGCCGCCUGGACCCCAUUGACUUCACGUCCUCGGCAAGCAAGCCAAUCAACAAUACACUCCCGCACCCUCAGCGGCUCGACCGCUUCAUCAGCAAACAACUCGUCCAUGACCGCGUGCUCUAGAAGGACCCCAUCGCUCUCCAGUGCCAUAACCGCGACAACCGUCCAUCCCCCACCAUCUAUUCCAGGGACGCUAGACAACGAGGCCGAGGCAACUAGAACAACGAUCGGAUUCAACAUGUCCCACGGCAACAGCAACAAGUUGUUUGCUUCUCGUCUGGAAGAACCUUGCCCCACAGUCUACGAAGCUGAUCACCACCACUUCCAUCAUCAAUGCCAUUUUGAUGAGAAUGACAAGUUCCUCGUCACUUCGGAACAUACGUGCCCUGUUGAUUUUAAACCGGAUCGGAUCGGCAUGGCUUUUUAA